AAAUAAAAAUAAAAAGGAGAGAGAAAAAACUAUAUCUUUCUCUCUCUUCGUAUUUUCUUUCUUUCUCUCUCUUAUUGUCCCUGUCUCUUUCUUUCUCGUACUCUUUCUCAUGUGUCUCCUCUUUCUCCUCUUCCUCGAGCUUCCAUGCCCUAAUCCCCUCUUUCUAUCUCUCUCGCUACAUCUGUUUAUCUCUCCCUAUUUCUCAAUUGUUCAGUUGCCCAAGUUGCUUUUUGUGUUGGGUUAUUGAUCCAUUAUAAAGAACCAAGUUUGGCAAGCUUCAAAAUUCAUCUGGGUAACUUUUAUUACGUGCAGGAAUGAAUUGGUUAGCCAUUUCAUUACACAAAACUGCUGGGAAGAAGCUCAGAUUUUUUGACUUUUCAAUGAUUAAGGAGUCAUAAUAUGUUAAUUGUCAUUGUAGAUGAUACAUGUAAGAUCCAGGACUGAGAGAUGAAAGAAAAUAGUUCAUCUAAUAGUAAAAUGAUUAAUAGAAAUUGGGUGUUGAAGCGCAAACGCAGAAAGCUUCCUUAUGGGCCUGAUCUAUCUAAUGGAAAAGAAGACGGUUCAGUUGCAUCUGGAUCUUCGAGAAAUAUUUCUUCAACAAAACACAAAUUGAAGACUGAAAUACUUAACGAGCGAUUUUCAUCCAAGAAGAAGGGAAAUGAUGGGUACUACUUCGAGUGUGUGGUCUGUGACCUCGGCGGUAAUUUGUUAUGUUGUGAUAGCUGUCCUCGCACUUAUCAUCUCCAGUGUCUUAAUCCACCACUUAAGCGUAUUCCAAUGGGGAAGUGGCAAUGUCCAAGCUGUCAGAAGGGUGAUCUGCUAGAGCCUGCAAGUAGUUUAGAUAAAAUUUCGAAACGAGCAAGGACAAAGAUUGUUCCUUCAAAAUCCGCUUCUGUAAUCAAGUCAUCUGAAAGAGAAAAAAUAUCCCAGAUAUUUGGAAGUUCAAUUAUUGCAAAGAAAAGGUCUUCCAAGAAAGGAAAAUCUGUUUCAACUCAAGGAGUAAAAUUCUUGGAAAAUAAACCAGCAUCCUCUGAAAUAGAUAUGUCUUACAGUGCCAAGUCAGACCAUUUACUGGAGGAUGCCUCUUUGGAUUGUACUUUAUCAUCUGUAAAUGUUGAGGUUGAAAAAGAAAGUGAGAAGUCUCCAGUGGAAUCCUCCGCAGAUAAGAAGUUUCCAAUUGGUUCCUCAACAGAUCAGAAGUCUCCAAUGGAUUCCUCCACAGAUAAGAAGUCAGGCUCUCUUGCUAAAGAAGCUUCCUCUCAUUCUAAAGUUGCAAUAUCAGAGGCAAAGGAUGAGGCUUCUCCAGAGUUAGCUUCUCCUGAUGUUAAACCGAGCUUGUCAUGUAACAAUGAGCCUCAGGGAAACACUGUUGUCCUUGCAAUUAGUGCUACAACUGAAAAGGCUAAAAAAAGGAAAGAUAAAGCUAAGAAUGAUAAUAGUCGAAAGAAAUGCAAGACUGACAAGGGAAAAGGUGUUGCUAGUAUUUCUAAACAGCGUGGGUCGAAAACAAAUACAGCAAGUUCUGGAAAUAAUAAAUUGCGGAGAAAGCAGAAAUCAGUUAACCGUGGGGUUUCUGCAUCUUUGUCAAAGGAAGACGUUCAAAACAAUAAUUCGAAUGUUCCCGGCAAAGAUGAGCAGAAGCUUCUUGAGGAUGCGAAAAACCCAUCUUGUGAUAAGGAUAAAGCAGGAAAUCAUGUAGUUGACUCACUUAUGUGUGAAAAUAAGGCUAUAUCUGAAUCUCUGAUGGUAGAUCGCAUUCUAGGAUGUCGAGUUCUAGGCGAUAACAGCAAUUCUUCACGGCAUUUAUCUUUGACAAAUGCUGAUGAUUUAUUAAUUUCAGAAUCCCAAAAUAGAUUAUCUCGGGAGAAUUCUGCUUCUGAUCAUGAGCUAGAUGUCGAGGCUGUUGAUUUUGUUAUCGAGGAUAAUGGAAAUGAUAUGAAGAUUGUUGACGAGGAAGAAUGCAUAAAAAAUGACAUUAGAGUGGAUAAAAUAAAUGUAUAUAAGAGAUCUCUGUGCAGAGAAGGUAAAAAAGGGAAUGAGGUGGAUUUAAUGAAGAAUUCAAAGAAUACUGGAUCUACCACCAUGAUUGCUAAAGAGCAGAAUGAAUCUGCUGUGUCUACAGGUGAGACAGGGAAAACAAAUGAAAAUUUGGUGACAGAGGAAGAUACAAAUACUGAUAUGGAAAAUCAUGAUACUGAUGAAGUUCCACAAGUCUGUGAAACAUAUCUCUCUAGCAAGGAGAAAAUUGUUGUGGAUAUAGAAUCAGGAAGUAGUGACGUUGCUGAGCACAAAAUUCAGGAAACCACUGUGGUUGAACCUGCAUAUGCUAAUGGAGAGACUGUUCUGUAUGAGUUCUUUGUUAAGUGGGUAGGAAAAUCCCAUAUUCACAAUGGUUGGGUCCCUGAGUCUCAGCUGAAAGUCAUGGCAAAAAGGAAACUUGAAAAUUAUAAGGCAAAGUAUGGAACGUCGGUUAUAAAUAUCUGCGAGGAACAAUGGCAGCUACCACAGCGGGUAAUAGCUCUUCGCUCAUCUAACGAUAUUUGUGAAGCUUUUGUAAAAUGGACUGGUCUGCCGUAUGAUGAAUGCACUUGGGAAAGUUUGGAGGAGCCUGUUCUUAAAAAAUCUUCUCGUUUGAUUGAACUAUUUCAUCAAUUUCAGCUCCAAACAAUAGAGAAAGAGGUUUCCAUGGUGCCAAGGGGGAAGAUUGAUCAGCAAAAUGAGGUAGCUACUCUCACAGAGCAGCCUAAGGAACUAAAAGGAGGUUUAUUGUUUCCCCACCAGCUUGAAGCACUAAAUUGGUUGCGUAAAUGCUGGCAUAAGUCCAAAAAUGUGAUACUAGCUGAUGAGAUGGGUCUGGGGAAGACAGUUUCUGCUUGUGCUUUCAUUUCAUCUUUGUAUGUUGAGUUCAAAGCUAUUCUACCUUGUUUGGUCUUGGUUCCUUUAUCAACAAUGCCUAAUUGGCUGGCUGAGUUUCAAUUAUGGGCUCCUGACUUAAAUGUUGUGGAAUAUCAUGGCUGUGCUAAAGCAAGAGCCAUCAUUCGGCAGUAUGAGUGGCAUGCUAGUGAUCUAAAGGACUCAAAUAAUAAAAUGGCUGCUUAUAAAUUUAAUGUUCUUUUGACUACAUAUGAAAUGGUUCUCGCUGAUUCUUCACAUUUGCGUGGAGUUCCUUGGGAAGUUCUUAUAGUUGAUGAGGGACAUCGUCUUAAGAAUUCUGGAAGUAAGCUUUUCAGCUUGCUAAAUACAUUCUCUUUCCAACACCGCGUCCUUUUGACUGGGACUCCUCUUCAGAACAAUAUUGGUGAGAUGUAUAAUUUGCUUAAUUUCUUGCAGCCAGCAUCAUUCCCUUCUCUAACUUCAUUUGAGGAGAAGUUUAAUGACCUUACAACUGCCGAAAAAGUUGAUGAAUUGAAAAAACUCGUUUCUCCACACAUGCUUCGUAGGCUUAAAAAAGAUGCCAUGCAAAAUAUACCCCCAAAGACUGAAAGAAUGGUUCCUGUUGAACUUUCAUCCAUCCAAGCUGAAUAUUAUCGUGCAAUGCUUACCAAGAAUUAUCAGAUAUUGCGAAAUAUUGGGAAAGGUGUUGCACAACAAUCUAUGCUAAAUAUUGUGAUGCAAUUAAGAAAGGUCUGCAAUCAUCCAUAUCUAAUACCAGGAACAGAACCCGAUUCUGGGUCAGCUGAAUUCCUUCAUGAAAUGAGGAUAAAAGCUUCAGCCAAGUUGACUUUGCUGCAUUCAAUGCUUAGAAUUUUAUAUAAGGAAGGUCACAGAGUCCUCAUCUUUUCCCAGAUGACAAAAUUACUUGAUAUUCUUGAAGAUUAUUUGACUAUAGAAUUUGGACAGAAAACAUUUGAAAGAGUGGAUGGUUCCGUUUCUGUGGCUGAUCGUCAAACGGCUAUAGCACGGUUCAACCAAGAUAAAAGUCGGUUCGUUUUUUUGUUAUCAACUCGCUCAUGUGGCCUCGGGAUCAAUUUGGCAAGUGCUGACACAGUUAUUAUUUAUGAUUCUGAUUUCAACCCACAUGCUGAUAUCCAAGCCAUGAAUCGUGCACAUCGGAUUGGACAAUCAAAGAGACUCUUGGUGUAUCGGCUUGUAGUUCGUGCCAGUGUUGAAGAGCGGAUCUUGCAGCUUGCAAAGAAGAAACUUAUGCUCGAUCAACUGUUUGUUAACAAGUCUGGAUCUCAAAAGGAAGUGGAGGACAUUUUAAAAUGGGGGACAGAAGAACUUUUUAACGAUUCUCUUGGCACUGAUGGAAAAGAUACAGGUGAAAAUAAUGUUAACAAAGAUGAGGCAUCUGUAGAUAUUGAACAUAAGCAUAGAAAGAGAACUGGUGGUUUGGGAGAUGUCUACCAGGAUAAAUGUACAGAUAACAGUAACAAGAUUGUGUGGGAUGAAAAUGCAAUUUUGAAGUUACUUGAUCGGUCAAAUCUACAGUCUGGAUCAACUGAUGUUGCAGAGGGAGAUUUGGAGAAUGACAUGCUUGGCUCAGUAAAGUCUCUUGAGUGGAAUGACGAACCAACUGAAGAACAAGUGGGAACUGAAUCACCUCCUGGUAUGCUUGAUGAUAUCUCAGCACAAAGCUCUGAGAGAAAGGAGGAGAAUGUAGCUAUUGUCACUGAAGAAAACGAGUGGGACAAACUAUUACGUGUUAGAUGGGAGAAAUAUCAAAGUGAGGAAGAAGCAGCUCUAGGUCGUGGGAAGCGGCAACGAAAAGCUGUUUCAUAUAGAGAAGCAUAUGCUCCACACCCCAGUGAAACAUUGAGUGAGCAGAGUGGUGGUGAGCGCGAGCCUGAGCCAGAGCCUGAACGAGAAUACACACCUGCUGGUCGAGCACUAAAAGCAAAAUAUGCCAAGCUCCGUGCUAGACAAAAAGAACGUCUUGCCAAGAGGAAUGCAGUUGAAGAAUCUAAUCCUAUUGAUAGAUCGCCCCUUGAACCAGCCCCUCAAUGUCCUUCAACCAAUGCUUUAGAUGGUGAGCAAGCUUCUGGACUAGUUCGAUCUUCUGUGGAGAAACCACUGAUAAUUGAUUUGGAGGAUAAGAAAUUUGACACUCCUAUGAACAAGUCUGGAUCACCGUUAAGGCUUGGGAGGCUAUCAAAGAGUAAAAUUAGUGGUCAUCUUGAUCGAUGUGUUAAUCUUCUUGACCAUCCUUCUCCAGACAUAUUCCUUCCAAGCCACCAACUCCAUGGAACAAAUUAUACUAACUCAACAUUCAACAGUAAUUUAUUACCAGUUCUUGGGCUCUGUGCUCCCAAUGCUAAUAAAAUGGAAUCAUCACAUAAGAACUUCUCAAGAUCAAAUGGCAGACAAAGUCGAUCAGGAAUUGGACCAGAGUUUCCAUUUAGUCUGCCUCCACACUCUGGCACUUUGACUGAGACAGAAGUUAACGCUUCACAAGAUGUUUCACAACAGCAUCUUAAGAGUGGCAUUUCUGAUGGUCGAUUUCCACUUAGCCUGGGUAGGAUGCCACUGCCUAACUUACCAUUUGAUGAGAAAUUGCUGCCAAGAUUCCCACUUCCAUCUAAGAGCAUGCUGAGUUCACAUCUCGACUUCUUACCUAGCUUGUCUUUGGGUGGGAGAGAAGAAUCUAUGAGUGGUUCUUUGCAAGAACUUCCAACAAUGCCAUUGUUGCCAAAUUUAAAAUUUUCCUCACAAGAUGCGGUGAGAUAUAAUCAGCCAGAAAGAGAGGUGCCUCCGACUCUGGGUUUGGGACAUAUGCCAAGCAUGUUUUCAUCAUUUCCUGAAAAUCAUAGGAAGGUACUUGAAAACAUAAUGAUGAGAACUGGCUCCGGAUCAAGCAGCCCAAUUAAAAAGAAAUCCAAAGCAGACAGCUGGUCAGAAGAUGAACUUGAUUUCUUGUGGAUUGGUGUUCGUAGGCAUGGGAGGGGUAAUUGGGAUGCAAUGCUCAGAGACCCCAGGUUAAAGUUUUCAAAGUAUCGAACUUCUGAAGAUUUAUCAGCCAGGUGGGAGGAGGAACAAGUUAAGAUCUUAGAUGGAUCAGCUUUUCCUGUGCCAAAACCAACUAAGUCAACAAAGUCUAACAAAUCUUCCUUAUUUCCUGGUAUUUCUGAUGGAAUGAUGGCAAGGGCACUACAUGGGAGUAGAUUUGUCACUCCACCAAAAUUCCAACCUCACUUGACAGACAUGAAAUUGGGUUUUGGAGAUCUAGGGCCUACCCUGCCAAAUUUUGAAUCAUCAGAUAGAAUUGGUUUACAACACGAGCAAUUCCCUCCUGUUCCAACAUGGAUGCAUGAUAAAUAUCGGGCAAAUAUGUCUGGAGAUUGUGUUGCUGGGCCUUCUGACAGACCAGGAACAUCUUCAAAUGCACCUGUUGAGAAGCCAUUUCUGCUUAAUUCUUAUGGUGCUAAUUGUUUAGAUUCAAUUGGUCUGAAUCACUCAUCCAGCUAUGAUGCAAAGCGAAAGGAGGAUGAACAGGUUGGGAGUAAGUAUGGAAAGUUACCUAGUCUUCUAGAUAGAUCACUGAAACUUUUGCGUGGUGAAUCCAGUAGUCUAGCCUCGAUGCCUGACCCUAGGAGAGGGCUCUUGCACUCAAAGGGGGAAGAUGUAGCUGGAAGUAGCUCUUCAAGGGACAAGCUACCUCAUUGGCUACGAGAAGCUGUAAGUGCUCCAGUAAAGCCCCCAGAACCUGAGCUACCACCCACUGUCUCAGCAGUUGCACAGUCAGUUAGGUUACUAUAUGGGGAAGAUAAAACAAGUAUUCCUCCAUUUGUGAUUCCUGGCCCCCCUCCUCCUUUCCCAAAGGAUCCAAGGCGUAGCUUAAAGAAGAAGAAGAAACGAAAGUCGCAGCUGUUGAGGCAGGGUGCACCAGAUAUCGUCGGAAGUAGCCAGGACUUCCAAAGCACUGUGCUCGGGGAAAAUGCUCCAAGUACUUCAUUGGCCCCACCACUUUCAUUGCAUCCACAAGCAAUAACAAGGGUUGAGUCUGACCUCAACUUUCCUCCACUCCAUUUAGAAAUGAUGAUUCCAUCAUCCUUGUCAGGACAUGUAAACCAGCAGAAGAAAACAAGCAUGGGAUUGACCCCUUCCCCUGAAGUGCUUCAGUUAGUAGCAUCUUGUGUUGAUCCAGGCCCACAUCAUUCAUCAGCCUCUGGCAGGACUAGCUCAAGCUUCCUUGACACCAAUCUAACAUUACCGAAACCUAUUGACCAAGUGGGGGUUUCAAACUCGCAAAGUGUAUUUGAAGAAAAAGAUGAUAAGCAGGAUGCGCCCGUUACGGUAUUGAGUUCAACUCCAGAAGAUAAAGUAGAUGAUCCUGAAAGUGGGGAUUCCAGCAAAACUCAUUCAGAUCCUUCUAGAAGUGAACGGCCGGUUAUGCUUGAUGUGGAAGAAAUAUCUUCCGAGGGCACUGUCUCAGAUCAUCCUUUGAGUGAUCAGGAAUCAUAGCUGUAAUUUAAGAACCGAAAAUUAAAAGAAAGUUAUUCUUUUGUACUGCUCUAAACUGUCCACCAAUGUGCUCGAAUUUUUGUAGGUGUUGUCAAUGGAUUAGCCAAAUAUAGGAUUGUUAAAAACAUCUUAGUGUAAAGUUUCUCUUAGAGAAUGAAAAUAUAGUGUUGUCUUCUUUGUUGCAUCGCUUAGUUGUAUUUUUCUCCAUCCAUGUCUGACCAGUAAGCAAUUUAGGUAGUUUUUAGUUUACCCCUCUUCCUUUGUUGAUUUGGUUGUGUAAAGGAUAUCUGAAAGGGUGGCUGUUGUUAUAGUGAGAAAGCUACGAGGGCUCUAACUUGAUUUCCCACUUA